AUGCAUCUCAGGUCAAUCAUUCUCGCUGGGCUCGGCCUCCUGGUGUCGACCACUCUCGGCGCACACCUGCCCCUUUUGUCACGGGCCCUGGACAAGCCACGUUGUUUGGUUCAGGAGGAUCUUCCCCAGCGAAGGAGCGGAAGACGUCUGCUCGACUAUGUUCCCACUGCGGAGCCCAUCAUCAUAAAAACAUACGUGCACAUUAUUGCACGCGACAAAACUGUGUCCGGUGGAUGGGUCACUCAAGAGGCCCUCGACGCGCAGAUGCGCCUCCUAAAUACAACCUACGCCGGCACAGGGUUCCAGUUCAACUGGAUCCGCGAGGAGACGACGCGCACCGUCAACGUCUCCUGGACGCAGUUCCCCUCGGACUGGAACAGCUACUUCCCCGAGGUGUCGCGGUGGGAGCUGAACUGGAAGCGGCAGCUGCGCAAGGGCGGCGACGACAUACGGGUGCUGAACCUCUACUUCAACGUCGGGCUGCCCGCCGCCGGCGUGGCGGUGCUGAUCGACCAGCAAGGGGAGCUCGACAGCUUCCGCGUCUUUGACGGCGCCAUCAUCGACCCCAGCACCAUGCCCGGCGGCCCGGACCCGCUCAUCAACGAGGGCAAGACCGUGACCCACGAGGUCGGCCACUGGGUGGGCUUGUACCACACCUUCCAGGGCGGGUGCGCCGACCAGGACCUCGUCCAAGACACCCCGCCGGCCCGUGCCCCGCCGGGAGGGUUUUCGUUCUGCGACCGCGUCUACAACACCUGCAGCGACACGCUCGGACCCAAUGGGACCGACGCCCCGGACCCAAACGACAACUACAUGAGCUACUCGACGGAUCCGUGCAUGACCAAGUUCACGCCGGGGCAGAUUGCUCGUAUGCACCAAAUAUGGGAGACAUAUCGGGCAAAGAAGUAG